GAGGCGGGAGCAGCCUAGGCAGCUGGGCUGGGUUGGGGUGUUGAGUCCAGGCUGAGUUGGGCAUAGACCUCUGCUCCCGGUCGCUGUGUCUGCUGGGCCAAGCACCCUGCCUGGAAGCCCAGGCAGGGUGGAAAGGGCGAGGUGCCACCUUAGUCUGGCUGGGGAGGCAGAUGAUGAGGAGCGAUGGGGCAGGCAUGCGGCCACUCCAUCCUCUGCAGGAGCCAGCAGUACCCGGCAGCGAGACCGGCUGAGCCGCGGGGCCAGCAGGUCUUCCUCAAGCCGGACGAGCCGCCGCCGCCGCCGCCGCAGCCAUGCGCCGACAACCUGCAGGAUGCUCUGCUGAGCCUGGGCUCCGUCAUCGACAUCACCGGCCUGCAACAGGCUGUCAAGGAGGCUCUCUCUGCUGUGCUCCCCAAAGUGGAGACUGUCUACACCUACCUGCUGGACAAGGAGUCCCGACUGGUCUGUGAGGAGCCCCCGCACGAGCUGCCCCAGGAGGGGAGAGUCCGAGAGGCUGUGAUCUCCCAGAAGCGGUUGGGCUGCAAUGGAUUGGGCCCCGCGGACCUGCCAGGGAAACCCUUGGCCAAAUUGGCGGCCCCGCUGGCUCCUGACACCCAAGUGCUGGUCAUACCACUGGUGGACAAGGAGGCCGGUGCUGUGGCAGCUGUCAUCUUGGUUCACUGUGGCCAGCUGAAUGACAGUGAGGAGUGGAGCCUGCAAGCUGUGGAGAAGCAUACUCUUGUGGCCCUGCGGAGGGUGCAGGCCCUGCAGCAGCGCGGGCCCAGUGCAGCCCCAGAAGAGGUCCAGAAUCCUCCAGUGGCGGCGUCCGGAGACCAGAAAGGCGGGGUUGUGUACACUGACCAGGACAGAAAGAUCCUGCAAUUGUGCGGGGAACUCUACGAACUGGAUGCCUCUAGCCUGCAGUUCAAAAUCCUUCAAUACGUGCAGCAGGAGACCCAGGCAUCCCGCUGCUGCCUCCUGCUGGUGUCGGAGGACAAUCUCCAGCUUUCCUGUAAGGUCAUGGGAGAAAAAGUCCUGGAGGAAGAGAUCAGCUUUCCGCCUCUCUUCACUCUCCAGUUGACCACAGGACGCCUGGGCCAGGUGGUAGAAGACAAGAAGUCUAUCCAGCUGAAGGAUCUCACCUCAGAGGAUGUACAACAGCUACAAAGCAUGAUGGACUGCGAGCUGCAGGCCAUGCUCUGUGUCCCUGUCAUAAGUCGGGCUACUGACCAGGUGGUGGCCUUGGCCUGUGCCUUCAACAAGCUUGGAGGAGACUUGUUCACCGAGCAGGACGAGCACGUGAUCCAGCACUGCUUCCACUACACUAGCACUGUGCUCACCAACACCCUGGCCUUCCAGAAGGAACAGAAGCUCAAGCGUGAAUGCCAGGCUCUUCUCCAAGUGGCAAAGAACCUCUUCACCCACCUGGAUGAUGUCUCUGUCCUGCUCCAGGAGAUCAUCACGGAGGCCAGGAACCUCAGCAAUGCAGAGAUCUGCUCUGUGUUCCUGCUGGAUCAGAACGAGUUAGUGGCUAAGGUGUUUGAUGGAGGUGUGGUGGAUGAUGAGACCUAUGAGAUCCGCAUCCCAGCGGACCAGGGCAUCGCGGGCCUCGUGGCGACCACCGGCCAGAUCCUGAACAUACCGGACGCCUAUGCGCACCCACUUUUCUACCGUGGCGUGGAUGACAGCACAGGCUUCCGCACACGCAACAUCCUCUGCUUCCCCAUCAAGAAUGAGAACCAGGAGGUCAUCGGUGUGGCAGAGCUGGUGAACAAGAUCAACGGACCUUGGUUCAGCAAGUUUGACGAGGACCUGGCGACGGCCUUCUCCAUCUACUGUGGCAUCAGCAUCGCCCAUUCCCUCCUGUACAAGAAAGUGAAUGAGGCCCAGUAUCGCAGCCAUCUGGCCAAUGAGAUGAUGAUGUACCACAUGAAGGUCUCAGAUGAUGAGUACACCAAACUUCUGCACGAUGGGAUCCAGCCUGUGGCUGCCAUUGACUCCAACUUUGCCAGUUUCACCUAUACCCCAAGAUCUCUCCCCGAGGAUGACACUUCCAUGGCCAUCCUGAGCAUGCUGCAGGACAUGAAUUUCAUCAACAACUACAAAAUUGACUGCCCGACACUGGCACGCUUCUGUUUGAUGGUGAAGAAGGGUUACCGGGAUCCCCCCUACCACAACUGGAUGCACGCCUUUUCCGUCUCCCACUUCUGCUACCUACUCUAUAAGAACCUGGAGCUCACCAACUACCUCGAGGACAUCGAGAUCUUUGCCUUGUUUGUUUCCUGCAUGUGUCACGACUUGGACCACAGAGGUACCAACAACUCCUUCCAGGUGGCCUCGAAAUCUGUGCUGGCUGCACUCUACAGCUCCGAAGGCUCUGUCAUGGAGAGGCAUCACUUCGCACAGGCCAUUGCCAUUCUCAACACCCACGGUUGCAACAUCUUCGACCACUUCUCCCGAAAGGACUAUCAGCGCAUGCUGGACCUGAUGAGGGACAUCAUCCUGGCCACAGACCUGGCCCACCACCUCCGCAUCUUCAAAGACCUCCAGAAGAUGGCUGAAGUGGGCUAUGACCGAACCAACAAGCAGCACCACAGCCUCCUUCUCUGUCUCCUCAUGACCUCCUGUGACCUCUCUGACCAGACCAAGGGCUGGAAGACCACAAGGAAGAUAGCCGAGCUGAUCUACAAGGAGUUCUUCUCCCAGGGAGACCUGGAGAAGGCCAUGGGCAACAGGCCAAUGGAGAUGAUGGACCGUGAGAAGGCCUACAUCCCCGAGCUGCAAAUCAGUUUCAUGGAACACAUUGCAAUGCCAAUCUACAAGUUGCUGCAGGACCUGUUCCCCAAGGCCUCGGAACUGUAUGAACGCGUGGCCUCUAACCGUGAGCACUGGACCAAGGUGUCGCACAAGUUCACCAUCCGCGGCCUCCCGAGCAACAACUCGCUGGACUUCCUGGACGAGGAGUAUGAGGUGCCUGAACUGGAUGGCACUGGGACCCCCAUCAAUGGGUGUUGCAGCCUUGAUGCUGAGUGAGCCCCUCCUGGGACCCUCCCCUACCCAGGCCACCUCCCACAACUCUCCACUGGCCUGGCCAGAAGCACUAGGACCAGAGCCAUGUGUCCUGGUUCUAGACCAGGACUUCCCAUGUGACCCUGAGCAAGCACUGACCUUCCUGGGCCUCAGCUUUCUCUUCUGUAUAAUGGAUACAAGACUUUCACCCUCACCAAGAUUUUUCAUAUGUCCUCUGAGAGCACAGGGUGAUCAGUAAGCAGUGGGCCCUGCUCUGGCCUCUGACCUUGGCAAAUCCUGCUUAAAUCAUUGCCUCUCUGAGGCAGCCUGAAUGAAUUCUCCUGGGUCUCCUUCCUGCCCCACCAAAUAUGUGCCCUUUUCCCCUCCCCAGGGUCUCAUGCAAGGAGGUGGAUCAUCUGUGAUCUUAUAAACAGUCGUUAGCUCUGCUGGAGGACUGUCAACAGCCACGGGGCCGAAGAUGCCCCCGAGGACUGCCACUGUAUUUAAGUUGGGGAUCGGGACCUGGGGAGAUUCAAGGGAUCCACAAGGAGGCAGCUCAUUGCUCUGAGGAGAAGGGUCUCAGGAAGAAAGUGGGAUUAGUGGCAGGAAAGACCCCCUAGGCCGUGUGACCCUGGGCAAGUCCCUUCCCCUGCUGGGCAAAGCAGGAGGGUGAUGAGAUAAUUCAUUCUCUAAGACCCCUUUUAGAUCAAAGUCCUCAUAGCUCUGUGGAGAGGCCAUGAGAAGUCCCUGCCACCCUAGAGCAGAGAGAUGACCCUGCGUCCCCCAGUGGCCCCUUGAGAGUACCCCUUAGCCAGAGCCAUUCCCCCGUUCCUUCAGCCAGAGAGGGACCCGGCCUCAGUCCCAGCAGGGCUUAUCUCCUCUUCAAGGCCAUAUUCCCUCAUGCCCCGGGGCUUGGGAGACCCCAAUGGGCUGGGCCUCCUGGGUCAACCUGGACUCUGGCUUCUCCCUUCUCUGGUUUGUUCUAUAUGUGCUGUGGGGUGGGGGGAGGGGGGCCACCUGCCUUACCUAUUCUGAGUUGCCUUUAGAGAGAUGCAUUUUUCUAGGACUCUGUGCAACUGUUGUAUAUGGUCCCGUGGGCUGACCGCUUUGUACAUGAGAAUAAAUCUAUUUCUUUCUACCAA